AGUAGUAAAAUAAAGAUGUCCGGAAGAGGAAAAGGCGGCAAAGGUCUUGGAAAAGGAGGCGCUAAGCGUCACCGCAAAGUUCUCCGUGAUAACAUCCAAGGUAUUACUAAACCCGCCAUCCGCCGUUUGGCUCGCCGUGGCGGUGUGAAGCGUAUUUCCGGCUUGAUCUACGAGGAGACCCGCGGUGUGCUCAAGGUUUUCCUUGAGAACGUCAUCCGUGAUGCCGUCACCUACACCGAGCACGCCAAGAGAAAGACCGUCACCGCAAUGGACGUGGUGUACGCUCUGAAACGCCAGGGACGCACCCUGUACGGAUUCGGGGGUUAA